GGAGUUUGAAGCCCUAUUUUGCAGUCCUCACCUUCCUCAAGUUUUUUUCUCAAGCCUUCUUCGGAUCCAUUCUACCGAUCCGUUGGUUCUUUAAUCGCGAGACCAGCAGCCAUCUACGCUUCCACUUCGUCAUCAUGCAGGCCCCCGUGCUAGUCCUUAAUGAGUCCACAAAGAGAGAAACAGGAGGUCGGGUGCAUCAUGCGAAUAUCCAGGCCUCUAAGGCGGUGGCAGAUGUUAUUCGAACAACAUUAGGGCCCAGGUCUAUGCUUAAGAUGCUUCUCGAUGCCAGUGGAGGUAUUGUACUCACUAAUGAUGGAAACGCAAUCUUACGAGAGCUUGAUGUCUCCCAUCCUGCUGCAAAGUCUAUGAUAGAACUAAGUCGUACGCAAGAUGAAGAGGUUGGUGACGGAACGACGUCAGUGAUCAUUCUAGCUGGUGAGAUGCUGUACGUUGCCGAGCAGUUUCUUGAUAGGCAGUUCCACCCCACCGUUAUAUGCCGAGCUUAUACGAAGGCUUUGGAGGAUGCAGUCGCUGCUCUGAAGGAAAUUGCUUUUGACAUUGAUAUCACAGAUCGUACAAUGAUGUUGAAUAUUGUGCGAAGUUGUAUCGGCACAAAGUUUACAAGUCGGUUUGGAACUCUUAUUGCAGACUUGGCAAUUGAUUCCGUCGCUACUAUAUCUGUUGACCUGGGAAAUGGUCUUCGAGAAGUUGACAUCAAGAAGUAUAUCAAGGUGGAAAAGAUUCCAGGAGGGCAGUUGGAAGAUUCAAAAGUGCUUAAGGGAGUCAUGUUUAACAAGGAUGUGGUUUCUCCUGGAAAAAUGCGACGGAAGAUUUUAAACCCUCGUAUCAUACUUCUGGAUUCUCCUCUGGAAUACAAGAAGGGAGAGAAUCAGACUAAUGCAGAGAUCAUGAAAGAGGAGGACUGGGCUACGUUACUGCGAAUGGAGGAAGAGUAUAUUGAGCAGUUGUGUGUUCAGAUAAUCAAGUUUAAGCCUGACUUGGUGAUUACCGAGAAAGGAUUGAGUGAUCUGGCCUCGCAUUAUCUUAGCAAGGCAGGUAUUAGUGCAAUUCGCAGGCUAAGAAAGACUGAUAACAACCGUAUUGCCCGUGCCUGUGGGGCCACUAUUGUAAAUCGGCCAGAGGAACUUCAAGAGAGUGAUGUUGGUACGCGUUGUGGCUUGUUUGAGGUCAAAAAAAUUGGAGACGAGUACUUCACUUUUAUUGUCCAGUGCAACGAGCCGAAAGCUUGCACAGUCUUGUUGAGAGGUCCCAGCAAGGAUCUUUUAAACGAAGUGGAACGCAACUUAGCGGAUGCCAUGGGGGUAGCUCGCAACGUUAUUAAGGACGCAAAAUUGGUCCCAGGUGGAGGAGCCUCAGAAAUGGCUGUUUCAGCUAUAUUGAAGAAAAAUAGUAUGUCGAUUGAAGGCGUUGAACAGUGGCCAUACAGAGCAGUGGCGCAAGCCCUUGAAGUUAUUCCUCGAACUCUAGCUCAAAACUGUGGUGUGAAUGUGAUACGGACCAUGACUGCCCUUCAAGCGAAGCAUGCCAAUGCUGAGAAUCCUAUGUUUGGUAUUGAUGGCAACACUGGAGAAUUAACGGACAUGAAAGAACUCGGGGUGUGGGACUCGUUUGGAGUCAAGUUACAGACUUUCAAAACAGCGAUAGAAGCUGCCUGCAUGCUUUUAAGAAUAGAUGACAUUGUAAGUGGUAUUAAGAAGAAACAAGCCCCAGGCGCUGCACCCAAGCAGCCUAUGACAUCGACCGGGGAAGAUGUUGAUAGUGAGCAAAUGAUUCCGGAGUAGUUUUACGUAGAGUGAAAUGAAUGUUAAAAAUCCCUUAUGGAUCAGCACUACCUAUAUAUUUAUUGCUGCUGUCUGCCCAAAUUUCUAUGUGUUGGGGGAUACCGACUUAGAGGUGGAAUGCUGGUUACUUGAGUGACUUUAGGGCCUGCUUUAAACAUCCUAGUUUUGAACUAGGAGGGAAGAUGGAUGAGGACCUUGCCAGUAGUGAAUAGGUCUUCUGCUGCCGUCAGCAUCAGGGGUUAGCUUGCAUUCUUUGUCAGGGAGCUGAGUCAAAUUUUGAAGUUCGGUAUCGAAGUUGUUCCAAUUAAGUUUAAUGGGAAAUAAACUAUAGGAUAUGAUUCACAGUAUGGUAAUUGUAUUGGUACAAGCCAUAGUGGCUCUCUAGGUGGUUACUAACAAGUGGACCAGCAAUGGUUUAUCCUUGGGCGACAAGCCUUAUUCAUAGGCUUUUUCACAUUUGAAAGCGCGGAUUGGAGUUUGAUCCUAGGGGUGGUUUAUGGAUGAGGAUAAGACGAACAGUAUUCGACGAACUCAACCACUGAGAGGCCUUGGGACUUGGCGCGUGCAUAGACUGCUGUACGAGACUAUGCCUCUUAACGGGAGCGUUGAAUUCGAGCAAAGCUUUUGUUCUGGGAGCUCUGCCUCUUCAGCCCCGGAUGUGUCAUGAGUCUAGAUGGGGUGCUUGAAGCAGGUCUGCUUUUUUAAUUUUCACAAGGUACACUCGAUCUAAUUCAAAGCUGGUUGCAAGGGUGUUCACUGUAGCUUAUUCGACACCUGUCUUAGACAUUAUCUUAAUAGAUCCAUCCACACCUAUGUCAUGUGAUACCUUGUGCUGUGUGUCCUGUCAUUGCUCCCGGAGUACUGACAUAGUCACUUGUGUGAUCUGAUUCUUCCAUCCACCUAGGAUACAGGUGGCACUGGAUGGGGCCUGUCUUGUGGGUGUCGUACAUUGUUACUUAUAUUAUGGAGGUUCAAAUAAUUUAUUUA